UAACCCUACAUAUAUUCUUUCAUUCUAUACUCAACAUCAUACCUUCUUCUUUCCCUAUUUAUUCUACUCAAGCAACCAAAAAGAAGUAAGAGAAAGAGAAAGAAACACUUGAAGUAUAGCAAGUUGUUAAGUUGUUUGGAGUUGUGACAGUUGAAAGUUAAGCUUAGUGAAAGUAAGAUGGAAAUUGUUGAAGAUGAUGUGUUCUUUGCAGACUUGAGUAAGAGGAUCUCCCUUUUGAUUAUGGAUGAUGAUGAAGACCCUACUCUUCACUGCCCUCCUGUUUCUUUCCAGGUUAUCUCUCAAACAAUCCAUCCAAUUCAAAACCAAAUACCAACUUUCCAUAAUCAAAAUGGUAGAAGAGAAAUCAAAGGAACCGGGGUAUUCAUCCCACAAUCGUCGACUAAUCCAAGAAGAAGUAAGCAAUCGCGAUCCAAGUCUUCGAACACGAGGGUUCAAACUCAAAGGCAUGUUGAUCAUACUUCAAGUGGACACUUUCCUCAUGAACCUUACCAUAAUCACAAUACUACUAAUACAUCUUACAAUUCUUUGAAUCACAAAAGAUGUUAUUAAUAUCAAUUAAUUAGCUAGUACAAUAAAUAUCUAUACAAUGGAUGUAUAAGCUCAAUUCAUCUAAUGUAUAAGUGUGUAUUUAAUUUGUUUCAACUAUUAUUUUAAUAAAAGAUGAAUGAGUUUUUUUGUGA